AGCACAAGAGGGUCAUCUGCAAAAUCUUGCAACCACAGGGGUUAAAGUGCUAUUUACCCUAAACAUUACUUACAAAUAUAAAACCUUAUGCCAACACUAACUCAUAAUCUCUUUUCACCCACGUAAUUCUCUCAAGUCCUCAUCCCUUUGUAUAUAUUCUUCAUAUUUUGUUUAGGGAAAAUUCGUAGCUCCAAUCGUGCGCAGAUCUGCCCUAGUUACCACUUGAGGAAGAAGAAAACACACAACAGUUGUUGUAAAUCUUCAAGAUGCCGAAGGACGAAAUAGUAAAUUCCGCAUCUUUCGACGAAACAACUACUACCCCUUGCUCGAAGGAUUUGGGCAAGGACGAUCGAUGUGAUAUCUCGGGGUCCCACGUAGGCGACGUAACAGAGUGGGAAGAAAUCCAGUGCCCGAUAUGUAUGGAGCGCCCACACAACGCCGUCUUGCUAAACUGCUCGUCUCGCGACAAAGGCUGCCGCCCUUUCAUCUGCGACACGCUCCACCCCCACUCCAACUGCCUCGACCAGUUCCGCAAACUAUCCGCCACGUCGUCGUCGUCACGGGAAUCCGAGAUUGCCUGCCCCCUCUGCAGGGGUGCCGUCACCGGGUUCGACGUAGUGGGCCCCGCGCGGGUCUUCAUGGACUCCCAACAAAGAGGAUGCUCAGCGGAGGGGUGUGGCUUUGCCGGAAGCUACAGGGAGCUGAAGAGGCACGCGUUAGUCGACCACUUUUUCGACGGCGGCGAGAGCUUCUCCGACGAAUCUGAGGUGUCCGACUUUGAUGAGGACGAAGAGGAUGAAGUUGUUUUUGGUGAGGCCUCGGCCUAUUUCUUUGGGUCGGAGUAUUACGGUAGGAACAAUGCAAUGAGUGUACCGUUGAGAUCGAAUGAACGGAGGGGAAAUGGGUCGACCCGUUUGAGGGAAAAUGGGUCAUCACGGGAUCGUGGGGAAAAUGUACAGUAUCGUUCGAGUUCGAGGUAUUUUAUACCUGGUUGAGGAGGAAAAAUUAGGAGUAGCUAUGUUAGACUUUCAUUUUUCUUUGACGUGGAUUAUGUUACAUUACUUAUUGAAUUUUAUAUCUUUUAAGCAGGAUAUUGCAAUGA